AUGGUAACUAUGACAAAAACGAAAUACCUAUACACUGACAACAUCUGGUUCAAGAAGACCAACAUAAGUUGGACAUGGAUCGCGGCCAUUCCGAAGACGAGGAACGAGAUCGAAUUUGUCCUGUUCCAUAAAUGUCGCAUCAUCUGGGAUACUGCAGUAGUGACAUCAUGUGACACCGGCAGUGAUCACAAAUGGGUGCAGGAGAGACUAACCUUCAAGGAGAAGAUCGAAAGGAAGGCACUGCAAAUAACGAUCAAAGACAUUCGACGAGGUGGUGUACCAAGCGCGCAUUUCCACUAA